UUGGUUCUUCAAUAUCAAGCCAAGCCGAGAGCAUCAGGACCACAUUUCUCCACGGAGCUCUUCGGCUCGUGGGUACCGAAAUCAGGCUGCACCAUGGGGAAGCUGUUGCUGUUGAUAACAGUCUUCAUUGUCUUUUGCGCCUUGUUCGUGGAAAGGCUGAUAGUGUUUCGGAAGAAGCUGUUUGCUGACCGAGAAUUGCCUCCCAAGCGCCUUCCUAACUGUCAUCUCAUUCCAGGAAUUGACAAUGGUGCAGAAGAUAUUGAUGUACUUCCUAAUGGGUUGGCUUUCAUCAGCUCUGGUCUGAAAUAUCCUGGCUUGAAAACCUUUGAACCUCAUAAAGGAGGGCAAAUAUUACUGAUGAAUGUCCUGGCAGAAACUCCUCGUCCAGUUGAACUAAAGAUUGAAGGUGGAUUUGAUCUGGAUUCUUUUAAUCCACAUGGGAUCAGUUUUUAUAUGGACAGGAAUGAAAGUAUAUAUCUCUUUGUGGUAAAUCAUCCAGAAGGCAAGUCAGCAGUGGAGAUAUUUAAAUUUUUUCAGGAUGAAAAGUAUUUGCUCUACAUAAGAACUGUCACUAAUGAGCUCCUAACAAGUGUCAACGAUGUUCUCGCUGUGGGCCCUGAACAUUUCUAUGCCACCAAUGACCGUUACUUCCAUUCAGAGACUGUCUCAGUAUAUGUGGAGAUAUUUUGGGGGUUGAGCUGGACAAAUGUUGUGUACUAUAGCCCAAAGAAAGUUAAAGAAGUAGCAUCAGGAUUUUACAGUGCCAAUGGCAUUAAUAUGUCACCAGAUGGAAAGUUUGUCUACGUUGCUGAUAUUUUGGAUCAUAGCAUUCACGUCUUUCAAAGAAUGUCUAAUAUGAAUUUAUCUCCUGUGAAGGCCCUAAAAUUGGAAACUGUCCUUGAUAACAUAUCAGUUGACCGUAGAAAUGGAGACCUUUGGUUAGGAUGUCACCCCAAUGCUGCAAAACUCCUUUCUUAUGAUCCAAAGAAUCCUCCUGGCUCAGAGGUCCUUCUUGUCAAAGAUAUUCUUUCUGACAAACCUAAAAUCACUCAAGUGUAUGUGGAUGAUGGGUCACUUAUUCAAGCAAGCUCAGUUGCUGUCAUGUAUGGCAGGCAUCUCAUCAUUGGCACUGUGUUUCAAAAAGCCCUUUUUUGCCACCUGUAAUUGGCACACCCACUAGCUUUGCCUCAGAUGAAAUAGUCGUAGUCACUGAAAUCUGAGCCAAGCUUUCUGGCACAUGUGGGUCUGUCAUGGUAACAACAAAAAUUAGCAAAAAUAUUGUUGUACUCAAAGAAAUCUAUAUAAUCUCAAAAUAUACCUACUGAUCAUUCUGUCCUGAAAUACUACUUAUAAUUCAGGCUUGAUGGAGAAAAACUUGAUGAACUCAGAUUUCAAAUCCAUGUUAGCCAAUCCAUUUAUCUAAAAGUUAUAAGUGUAACCACAUCUAUCCAGCAGUUGUCCAAAAUAUCAGAGAUCUGGCAUAUAUUCCCUGUCAUAUCUGAGGAGUCGUCUUGCCCCAAUUUGCCCCUGUCUUUUGGCCUUCCAGAGGUAUUAAAACCUGGUUUUUCCUGGUUUUGCCUUAAGGCUUCAUGGGAGGGUACUGGAGAUGGUUAAUGAGCUAAGGAGAUCUUACCCCUGUGCCAUCCAUCUCCUGGGUUCUAGUUUUUUAUAUAACUUUUUAAAAUUGUAUUUGUUUUUAUAUUCAUCUUUUUACUAUUUGUAAGCAGCAUUUAAUAAAUAAAUAAAAAUAUUCCACUUGCCU